AUGACAGUGGGGUCGACUGAGAAUAUGCCCUUUCAAAUAUUUGAGCUGUCCAUUGAUACAGAACAGAAGCUAUUCUUAACACCUGGAUUUAAAUUCAGUUUAACAGUCGGGGGUUGUGUGUAUGCCACAAUUCCUGAGAAGUACAUAAAAAAAAAAUGCCAUCAGUCUCUAGAAGCAUCCAGCUUUCACAUUUUGGGUGUUGCUGAGGUUUAUUUUGUUGUUGUUGUUAAGCUGGUAUUAUUCUCUGCUCUAUAUUUGAUUUGUUUUAUUGUAACUGGAAGCUGCCCGGGCAACUAUGUUAGUGGGCAGCUUACGAAUAUUAUUGCUCAAAUAAACAUUUUUUUAAAAUAG